UCGCCACUUGUCUCCGGCAGGGAAGGAGUUACCCCGCCAAGGGAGAAAGGCGGAAGCGAAGGAAACUCUCUCCCCUUUCCUGCGAGAGGGAAUGAAAUCACAGCCGGCCCUGGUUGUGGAUCCAGGAGGGGACCGCAGUGCGAGGAGCAAGGAACUGGGAGCGGGGCCUGGGUACGGAUAGACUGCGCCGCCCCGCCCGGCCAGUUUGGCGCUUUUAAGUGAAGCCGUUAAAGCCCGAGGUACAUUGUGAAAGCGUCCCGACAGGCUGCAUUGAGCGCCUGCAGUGGGUUAAAAGGCCGUAACGGACUAUUGCAACAGUCGGCGGUACACUGCGGUACUUAACCAUCGCAUCGCAACGUUAUGUCUUAGGAUUCGUCCCAACAGUCGACGAUACAUUGCACGGCACUUUGUAACCCUUUAUGAACACAUUGUAACAACUUGCGUUGCGUCGUCAGUUUAGGAUACAUCCCAGUUCUUACGAAACAUCUUAAAACUCUGCCUUACAUUGUGUCUGCGAAACGGUGUAACCACUAAAGAAAAGCGGGGCUUAUUAGGACGCUUGGUAUCGCAGCCCGCGAUAUAUCUUGAAAGAGGGCAUCGGGCAGAGGUGGUGACACCCUGGGACGGCGCUGAGGUUGAGGCGGAGAGAGGCAGGAGCCCGGGACCAGAGUGGACGGUCCGAGCGGGCGGGCCAUGCCCCGGUCGGGACGAUGAGCGAGUGCUGCCGGCGGUUCUGGAGCCUAAUCUUCCUCUACGGCUGUCUGCUGGGGGCACCGGCAGCCGGCAGCGCCGGGACGGAGCCCACCCCGAGACCCUGGGGACGGCACCGAGUGCAGGUUGGAGCCCCGCGGGAGAACCAGACAAGGCAGCGGCGUCUACCGCCGGGCUCCCAGGUGACUGUCCCAUACCUGUGGCUGGCUGGGAAACGUCGCAGGCUGGAUGCAGCGCUGCAGGAUAAACUCCCGAUGAGACUGGAGUGUGAGAUCCAGCUCGGAGGCCGGAGGCUGACACUGGAGUUGGAGCAGAACGAGAACCUACUCCCAGACUCCCACCGCCUGAUGUUUUAUCUUCCCAAUGGAACGGUCAUCGCUGACCCUGAGAGCAAUACUGUGAACUGUUACUACCAUGGGACAGUGCAAGGUUUCUCCCGGUCCCGGGUCAGUGUCAGCAUCUGCUCGGGUAUGAGGGGCCUGCUGGAGUUGACUCCGAGCUGGACGUAUGGGAUUGAGACGCUGUCUGGAGACCCCGGCGGGGAGCACCUGGUUUACAGAAUGGAGGGGGUCCACUUCAACACCAAGCGCUGUGCAGUGGGGAAGGACCCUCCGGAGAAGACCACAGACCCGCCACCCGAGGAGGCAGCACACCGGUGGAGACGCAAUAUCCUGACGGAAUCCAAGUACGUGGAGCUAGUGAUGGUGGCUGACAGCAACGAGGUGGGUGAAUUGGUCGGCUGGGGGGAGUAGUGGGAGG